GUGACCAGCAUAACAGGACGCACGAACGAUGCUUGCUUCUAACUCGAUUCUGAAUUCUCUGCCUAUAAAUUUGCGCAGCAUUCCCCUCUGGAAUCUCCCUGAUCUCCUUCUUCCUCCAGCCGCUCAUACAUUCGAUACCCCCAAAAAAUAAUAAAAUAAACUACUGCUUUAUAUUUCUCGGUUUGAUUAAAGAGGCCGGCCUCUCUCUCUGUCUCUCUCUCCUUCUUCCCCCCGCCCCUUGCUUGCUUAGUGGCCCUGCCAUCGCAGACUGUGCUUUUUGUAGAGUAAUAAUCCCACCGCCCCUCGCUUUACAUUUAUGCGGAAUAGUAUAAUUUCCCAUUUAAAUGCCCUUGAUUCUCUUCGUUGAUAUCCUCUCUUUCACUACUUCCCUCCUCAUCCGGAUUUCUGCUGCUGCUGCUGGAGAAUUUUGAGCCUUCCUAUAAAGUUGGGUCCUUUCUUCUCCAUAAUCUAUUGACGACAGAGAGCCGCCAAUGGGUGAAGAAGAAGCUAAACAGCAGCCGGAAGAGGCCAAGGCAGAGGAAAAGAAAGAAGAGAAAACAGAGGAGAAUAAAGAAGACAAGGCGGAGGAGAAAACAGAUGAAGCCGAUAAGCCCCCCACACCAUUUGUUUUGUCGGUGGACCUACAUUGCAUGGGAUGUGCAAAGAAGAUUGAGCGGUCCAUUUUAAAGAUUAGAGGCGUUGAGGGGGUUGUAAUCGACAUGUCGCAAAACCAAGUGACUAUAAAAGGUGUAGUGGAGCCCCAAGCUGUAUGCACCACCAUUGAGAAGAAAACCAAAAGAAGAGCCCAAGUGUUGUCGCCGCUACCCGCAGCUGAGGGGGAGCCGAUGCCCCAGGUUGUUGCCUCGCAGGUUAGCGGAUUGACCACCGUGGAGCUGAAUGUGAACAUGCAUUGUGAGGCUUGCGCUGGCCAACUCAAGAGAAAGAUUCUCAAAAUGAAAGGAGUACGCACGGCGGAGACGGAGCUAAGCUCCGGGAAAGUCACGGUGACAGGCAGCAUGGACGCAAACAGGCUGGUUGAGUACGUUUACAGACGCACCAAAAAGCAAGCCAAAGUUGUUCCUCAACCCGAGCCUGCAGAGAAGCCAAAAGAGGAAGCAUUAGCAAAGCCCUCGGAAGAGCCUAUUAAGGAAGAGAAGCCACCCGCUGCAGAAGGAGAAGAAGCAAAAGCACCCCAAGAAGGAAAAAAUCCGGAAGAAGCAGCCGAGAAGAAGGGCGACGCGCCGGCGCCCCCACAAGAAGAAGAAGAAAAGAAAGAAGGCGGUGGCGGUGGGAAUGAGACGGUGAUGAUGAUGAGUAACGUCGAUGAGCUAAGCAAGCAAAAAAUGAUGUAUUAUUAUCAGCCACUUUACGUCAUGGAAAGGAUCCCACCGCCUCAGCUCUUCUCCGAUGAAAACCCCAAUGCCUGUUGCAUUACAUAGUUUUUUGUUUUUUUCAUCAAAAAAAAAAAAAGAAACUCAGCGUUUAUUAAUUACCACAUCAUGCAAUAUCAAAUAAGUUAAAGGCACACGUACAUUCAACCACAGAGAUUUGGUUUUUUCUAAUACCAGAUCCGGUAUUUGGUGAAAUGGUCCAGCAUUAAUUUUUGUUAGUAC